AUGUGGACAGAAAGGGUGGGGGGCCGGAGGGAAGGCCAGGCUGGGGGACCCUGUUUAUGCCUCAUAUUAGCUUUCCCAAAUUCCCUCUACCCUCCACACUUGGGGACUACAGUCAGAGGCUACAGGGACCACCUGGAACCUGGGUUGAAUUGUCUCCCUCUUGCUUGUUCCAACUCUCUUCACUUUGGGCAUUUCCCCCAGCAUGACUGCAACUCCAGACCGUGGACUUGCUUCCAAAGCCUCAGGCCCCGCCCCACCUCCCAAGCAUCUUUCGUAGGCUUGGGAUGGACCUUCAGCCCCUCGGCACACCUGGCCUAUUUCCUGGUUCCCCAGACCUGCUACCCCCUUGUGCCCUCCCACCCCAUCAAUGCUGCAUCUGCGUCCCUACCUCCAGCUUCCUCCAGCCUCAGACCUCCUCUGGAUCCAGCUGUCCAUCCAUCUUCGUGUGGCAUGCCUUCCCCUUCACCCCGAGUCCAGAGCCCUGCUUGA